AUGAUGAGAUAAAGUAGAACAGGUUUUUAUCUAGAUCCGAUUUAACAAAAAAACAAUUAGAUACCAGGCUAGUCCUUUAAGAAGGAAUUUGACGAUGAUAGAAUGGAACACUUGGAAAAUGAGAAUGAAUUAUUAAAAAUAGAGCUUAAAAAAGCAUUAGAUGAAUUGCAAGCACUCAGGGAAGAAAAUCUUAACCUCAAAAGCCAGCUGAAAGACCCAUCAGUUAAAAUUAAACCACCAGCAAGUAUCGUGAAUUAAGAGUCAACAUUCAUCACUAAGGGUUCUGAAAAUCCUACGAUUCAGUGUGACAAUUGCACUAAGGAAAUAGAUAAAAAGAACUUUGAUCUUCACGUUGUAUAUUGCCUCAAGAAUAUAACAAGAUGUCCAUUUUGCAAGCAAUAAGUAGAUGUAAAAGAACUCUAGAGUCAUAUUGAGGAGAGUGCAGGAUCGAAAGAUGAUGUUCUGGCAGCUACAAUAAAUGGAGAUCUGGAAAAAUUGAAGAUUAUGCAGCUGCAUGGCUAGGAUCUGAGAGUGUGGGUUAAUGAGAACGAAUCUAGUAAUUCUGUAUUACACUAUGCAGUUAAGAAUAAUAAAAGAGAUAUCGUCGAUGGCUUUAACAUUGAUUAACAAAACUAGUUUGGAGAGACAGCCCUGCAUUGGUGCAGCGGCUAAAAUAAAAACAUAGAUAUGGUUAAGGUAUUGAUCCUUAAGGGAGCGAAUUCUAACAUUAAGAACUAACUUGGAGACUCUUCAGGGGGAGUAGGUAUCUGCUAGUUCGUAGUCAAUGAGGAGGACAAAGCAAUCGUUUUUCAGUAAUCAUUGAUCAUGUGA